AAUAUACUGAUGUUAAUGCACUAAUUCCUAAAAAUUCAUCUGUAAUUGUCAGAAGAAUUCCUGUCGGAGGUGUUAAGUCUACAAGCAAGACACGUGUUAUAAGUCGAACUGAACCAGUGAUGGGAACUACAGAAGCAAUUGAUGACCCUUCUGCAUCUCUUUCUCUGGCCCAGCUUACAAAGACUGUCAAUCUGGAUGAAGCCAAUGCUUCUGAGGAAGACAAAAUUAAAGCAAUGAUGUUGCAAUCUGGCCAUGAAUACAACCCAAUCAAUUACAUGAAGAAAAGUCUGGUAAGUCUGCCAUCUCCAUCUUACACCUGCUUUAGUUGUGGUAAACCUGGUCAUUAUAUUAAGAAUUGCCCAACAAAUGGGGAUAAGAACUUUGCAACUGGUCCUAGGAUCAAAAAGAGCACUGGAAUUCCUACAAGUUUUAUGAUGGAAGUGAAAGAUCCUAACAUGAAAGGUGCAAUGCUUACCAACACUGGAAAAUAUGCAAUACCGAUUAUAGAUGCAGAGGCCUAUGCAAUUGGGAAGAAAGAGAAACCACCCUUCUUACCAGAGGAACCAUCCCCAUCUUCAGAAGAAGGUGAUCCUAUCCCAGAGGAGCUCUUGUGCCUCAUCUGCAGAGACAUUCCUACAGAUGCAAUUGUGAUUCCAUGCUGUGGAAACAGUUACUGUGAUGAAUGUAUAAGAACAGCACUCCUGGAGUCCGAUGAACAUACAUGUCCAACAUGUCAUGAAAAUGAUGUUUCUCCUGAUGCUUUAGUUGCCAACAAGUCUUUACGGCAGCUCCAAUACCAGGCAGAGGAAAGAGCUGCAAAUACCGUGCCAAGUCCAGAUUUCAUGGAUUCCACCCAUCUAGGUCAAGGUCACCUCCCUAUAGACUAUACCACUCCUGGUCUAGAUCUCCUCAAGCAUUUAGGGGACAGUCUCCCACUAAACACAAUAUAUCUCAAGGAGAAACAGAGCCUGAGUAUUUUCAUAGAUACAGAGAAGGUCUACCCCCCUUAUGACACCAAAGCCUAUUAUGGGCAGAGUGUUGACUUUAGAGACCCAUUUGAGAAAGAACGCUACCAGGAAUGGGAGAGGCAAUAUCGACAGUGGUAUGAGAAGUACUACAAAGGGUACACAGUGGGAGUGCAGCCUAGACCCUCGGCCAACAGAGAACACAUUUGGAGAGAGUGGCUGAAACUUCAGGGAGACUUUAGGGUCCUCAAGAAGUAG